AUGAUCGGGCCUUGUGAAAAUACACUUUUUGGAAUGGGGAAUCCUCUCCUUGACAUCUGUGCAGUAGUGGACAAGGACUUCCUUGACAAAUAUGGACUGAAGCCAAAUGACCAAAUCUUGGCAGAAGAGAAACAUAAAGAGCUAUUUGAAGAACUUGUGAAAAAAUUCAAAGUAGAAUAUCAUGCCGGUGGAUCUACUCUGAAUUCCGUUAAAGUGGCCCAGUGGAUGAUCCAGAGCCCUUACAAAGUGGCGACAUUCUUUGGGUGCAUUGGAACAGACAGAUUUGGCGAGAUCCUAAAGAAGAAAGCCGAAGAAGCCCACGUGGAUGCCCAUUAUUAUGAACAGAGUGAAGAGCCGACUGGAACGUGUGCUGCCUGCAUCACAAGCGACAACAGGUCUCUUGUUGCUAACCUGGCUGCUGCUAAUUGUUAUAAGAAGGAAAAGCACCUUGACCUGGAAAAGAACUGGAAGCUGGUGGAAAAGGCUAAAGUUUAUUACAUUGCAGGCUUCUUUUUGACCGUGUCACCCGAAUCUAUUCUGAAAGUGGCCACUCAGGCCUCGGCAAGUAACAAGAUCUUCAGUUUGAAUCUUUCUGCACCAUUUAUUAGCCAGUUCUUCAAGGAGCCGAUGAUGAAAGUUAUGCCUUACGUAGACGUCCUCUUUGGGAAUGAGACGGAAGCCGCCACUUUUGCUCGAGAGCAAGGCUUUGAGACCGAGGACAUCAGAGAAAUGGCCCGAAAGGCACAAGCCCUGCCAAAAGUGAACCUGAAAAGGCAGCGAAUCGUCGUCUUCACCCAGGGGAAGGAUGACACUAUCAUGGCCACAGAUACCGAAGUGCGGUCCUUCCCGGUGCUAAUCAGUGACCAGAGCGAGAUUGUGGACACCAACGGAGCAGGAGAUGCAUUUGUGGGAGGUUUCCUCUCGCAGCUCGUGUACGAUCGGCCGCUGACGGAGUGCAUCCGUGCUGGACACUACGCCGCCAGUGUGAUCAUCAAGCGUUCCGGCUGCACCUUCCCAGAGAAGCCUGACUUCCACUGACGUUGGGCCACCCGAGG